UCGCACGCCGUGUCUUGUGUUGUUGCAGUCCCCUCCGCGUCGCAGCAAACUUCUGUCGACUCCGAAUAUGAGGCUCCUCCUCGUCUUCGCCGUUAUUGUGCUGAUCGCGAUCGUGUGCGCCACGCUUUCGGACGCCAAGAAGCGAGAAAAGGUGGAGAAGCAAUCCCAAUUUCGCCGCUACAUGCGCUUUGCGCGUCAGCUGGCUCUGAGAUACCAGCGUUCUGCAAAGCACGCAAUGCGCGUGACCAAGGUCACCAACGUUGAGUUGAAUGGCGACCGCGCCACCAUUUAUUUCAAUGCCGUGGACACCGUGUGCAAACCAGGAAGGCGAAUUCCAACACGGCAGCGGUGUCCCAAGAUAAGAGGCAGGGAGCCACAUACGUGCUUCGGUGAGGUGAAGUUCCUCGGAGACUCAUUUCGGAGAGUCAAGUACGGGAAAACCAACUGCCUACGCAUCGACGCUUCAUUGGAAAUACCAGCAACUUCAGCUUCAAGGUAGUGAUGAGACACACCGGGUGUUGAAAGCCUCAUGCAAAGAGUAAAGUCGUCGUUAUCACCACCGUGUAUGGUCAAUCGUCAGCACUGUGCAAGCUUCUUCGCUGUAGUGGGAAUAAAUUCCUGUCUUUCUGUACGGA